AUGAUGAAUAAGUUCGAGGGAAACAACUGCCCUGAUUUUAAACAGGUCAAACAAGCUAUACAGUUUCUCCUGAGGGAGGGACCAAAUACCCUAAAGCGCCGAGAGAAGAGUGAGAUAACUCAGGAGACUACCCAAAGACCAACCGAGUCGGAUAUGCAGGCCGCUACUAAGGAGCAGCGAACCCGACUCCUGAACAGUCUCCGAUUCCCGAACAUGAAUGAGAGGAAGAAUGAUUUAGCUGAUUCGUACGGGGAAACUUUCCGAUGGAUUCUCCGUACAAAUGAUACCCCAAUGGAUAAACCUGACGGCCUCAAAGAUAAGUCAUGGUAUGAUUUUGAGGAUUGGCUUAAGUCUGAUAACACCAUUUACUGGAUCAGUGGCAAGCCUGGAUCCGGGAAGAGUAUAUUGGUGAAAUACCUCAUAGAGAACCCUCUCACAAAGGAAGCACUAGCCAAGGGGGGCAAGGGGGCCAAUGAUCCUAUGAUAUUGUCUCACUUCUUCUGGAAAGCCGGAUCUGAAAAACUGCAAAGGAAUAUUAAGGGAUGUCUAUGUUCCAUCCUUCACCAGGCUAUUCAGCCCGAGACAGUUCCUUUAGACUCGAUACUGACUACUUACAAGUUUGUAUCAACCAAGGAAUCGGUCACUGAUUGGUCACGUAAGGAGCUUAAAGAUAUAUGUUUCGCAGUGUUACAUCGCUCUUCUCUCAUGGAACUCAUGGAAACCCUCAGGGAGUUCGCAAAUACCAAGAUCUGCGUGGCUAGCCGACCAGAGCCGCACCUCCAAUAUUCUCUUGACAAAUAUCCACACCUUAGGUUGCAAGACCUGACACUCAGUGAUAUGAAAAAAUACGCGUCUGCACAAAUACAGCCGUAUGUUUCUAAUGGACAACUAUCAACAUACGUCGGGUUAGAUGUCACCAGAAUGCUUGUUGGUAAGGCGGAAGGCGUCUUUCUCUGGCUUCGUUUAGCAUCCGAUAGCUUGGUUCGCGGACUAAAGAAUGACGAUUCAGAGGAAAUGCUAUACCAAAGACUUGAAGAAAUGCCCAAUGACUUACACGAAUUCUAUAAUGACACGUGGACCCGAUUAAACGAAGAUACAAAACUAUACCGAGAAACUGCCGCUAGAUAUUUCAAUCUGGCCAUCGCUUCACGAAGGGAGGGCUCUGAACUUCGGCUACUUCUCCUGAUGGCUAUAACGAUACAUAUGCAAAUCCCCAAUCAACAGCAGCUUUGAUGAACUCGGUUGUUUUUGGGAACCUCUGCUGGCCCUGAGUGCAGACCCAAGUGCCAAGGGGAUUUUUUAUCCACGAACGGAAUGCAGUUUGCCCUCACAACUAGAUUUUUAUAGCCCCAUUGCCACGUACAUGCUCGAAAUAUUUCAGAGAGAAAAAGACACGCAGCAAGAAAUCAAUACUAG